GGAUGUCGCGUGUAAACGACGUCAUCUUUAAGCUCACAAAGUGUGGCUAGGUAGUAAGCCACACACACACAUUUACAGGUGAAUUUAAUGCUGUUGGGACAAUCGCUCUUCGCCUAUUUGAUCACAUAAGAUGUCUUCACUCCUCAAGGUGGACAAUGAAAUUAAAACCAAGGUUGAUGCUUUCAGGGAACGUAUCACUUCAGAAGCAGAGGAUCUAGUUGCAAAUUUUUUCCCAAAGAAGUUGCUGGAACUUGAUCACUUCUUAAAGGAUCCAAUCAUAAACAUCGCUGACCUGAAGGAGAUACACUCGGAGAUAAACCUGACGGUGCCCGACCCCAUUUUGCUCUCAAACCUGCAUGACGGACUAGAAGCGCAAAAUGCCAAAAAGAGAAAGCUCGAGGAUGGAGAUGAUGAGGCCAUGGUGACUGGCACCAAGGUCUUUGUCAUGCCUGGUGGGAUGAUGAAGAGCAACGGAAGCCUUGUUGAUCUUAUUGAAAAGGUCAAACCAGAGAUCAGGACACUUAUAGAGAAAUGUAACACAGUCAAAAUGUGGGUUCAGCUGCUUAUCCCCAGGAUAGAGGAUGGCAACAACUUUGGAGUGUCAAUCCAGGAGGAGACGGUAGCUGAACUCAGAACAGUUGAAGGAGAGGCUGCAUCUUACCUCGACCAGAUAUCACGAUACUACAUCACAAGGGCAAAGCUGGUUUCUAAAAUAGCAAAAUAUCCACAUGUGGAGGACUAUCGGCGCACAGUAACCGAGAUUGAUGAGAAGGAAUACAUCAGUCUGAAGAUCAUAGUUUCUGAGCUCCGAAAUCAAUACGUAACGUUACACGACAUGAUCCUGAAGAACAUUGAGAAGAUCAAGAGGCCUCGGAGCAGUAAUACUGACGCAUUGUACUGAUGUUCAUCUAGCCAUCUCAGCCUCCACCCUCACCCCUCCCGUCAACUCCCUGCCAUGCCUGUUGAGCUACAGUAGCCCCGCCCUGGUCCACAGGACUUCCAGUACAAUCAACACAACACAGUACAAAAACAAUAGAUGGACACAGCACACACACGUUUUUGUUUUAAAUGUAAAAAUAUGUUUCUUGAUUUAACCCCUAUGACGGAAAAUGGGGAGCUUGCUCAUAGACAACACAAAGCGCUAUGUAUUUUUUAAUUUUAAUGAAACAUUUCGUCCUCAGAUCUUUUGUGAAUUUGCUUCAUUUAUAUCUCUUAAAAAGAAUUCAGAGUAAAGUGGUUUGUUUUCUGCUCACCUCACUGAAUUUUACUCUUAACUGCAUCUACGCAACACGAAAAGAUGUUUGUUUGUUUUCCGCGAAUGUUAUACAUUACACAAUAUAGUCGUAACAUAUAUGAACAGGUUUUAGGUCCACAAGCCUUUUCGUUUUCAGUGAAAAUUCCCAUCUUAUGUUGAGGGAGGCAUUGAUUCUGUUGAAUAAAACAUUUUUUAAUAAGACAA